GAGAGAGCUGCAGCAUCCUCAGCACCAGAAAGAACACAACAUCAGCAUCAGCAGCAUCGGCAGCCUCCGGACUCUAUUGUUCCUGGCUCAUAAAUGGUUUUUCCCUUCCCGACUGCCAUGCACAAUAGCCGGAGAGAGCUUUCUGGUGCUCGGUACUUAAAAUAAAAGGGGGGAAAAAAAGGCAAAAAAAAAAAAGAAGACGGGAAGAAGGAGAACGCUGUCUGAAGCGGGCUGCUCAUUGUGCUCAGGCUGCAGCCACAACCUAGCCGACCUGGAGGAGGCAUGGGGCUGGGAGGGAGAUGCUCGGCUGGUCCUUGCUGUGGAGUGAUCGUCCUUCUUCUGGUGGGAUUGUGGAGGGUAGAUUCGCAGGGCGAGCAUGAAGCCAAGAGCAUCUACGUGUGGAAGACAGGUCCCUGGGGAAGAUGCAUGGGAGAUGAAUGCGGGCCCGGUGGGAUACAAACAAGGGCCGUGUGGUGCGCCCACAUAGAGGGAUGGACGACCCUCCCCACAAACUGCAAACAGACAGAGAGACCUGAAAACCAACAGAACUGUUUUAGGGUGUGCGACUGGCACAAAGAACUAUAUGACUGGCAGCAGGGCAGCUGGAACCAGUGCGCGCCAAUCACGUCCAGGUUGUUGGAAAAACCUUCAGAGUGCACGAAGGGCGAGGAGGGAAUCCAGACCCGGGAAGUCAUCUGUUUACAAAAAGCCACAGGGGGAGAGGCUGAUGACAAUAUAUGCGAAUACUUCGAGCCCAAACCCAGGCUGGAACAAGGGUGCCUUAUUCCCUGCCCUCAGGACUGCGUGGUGUCCGAGUUCUCACCCUGGUCGGAAUGUUCCAAGACGUGCGGCAGCGGCUUGCAACACCGUACCCGCCACGUGGUAGCCACUCCCCAGUUCGGUGGGUCAGCCUGCCCGAACCUCACAGAGUUCCAAGUUUGCCAGAUGUUACCCUGCGAUGGGGAUGAAAACAUGUACAGCCUUAGCGUGGGACCCUGGAGCUCCUGCUCGAUACCCCUGUCCAGACACGUACGACAAGCCGGGAAGAGGGGGAGGAACAGGGAGCGGGCAAAGGAGAGAGAAAAGGCUGUGAAGGACCCAGAGGCACAAGAGCUCAUUAAAAAGAAGAGAACCCGCAAUAGGAAAAACCGCCAAGAGAACAGAUAUUGGGAUAUACAAAUUGGUUAUCAAACACGAAUCGUCACCUGUAUGCACAAGAAUGGAAAAACUGCAGCGCUGAGCUUUUGCCAGCAGGAGAAGCUGCCGAUCACGUUCCAGUCCUGCGCGGUGGACAAGGAUUGCCAGGUGACUGAGUGGUCAGAAUGGAGCUCGUGUGCAAAGUCCUGCGAGUCUGUCCCGCCUAGUGGACACCGCACCAGGAAAAGAACCAUUAAACAGUUCCCGAUUGGCAGUGCUAACGAGUGCCCGGAACUGGAAGAGACGGAGACGUGCACACCUUCAGCUGAUGGGCUUCUUGCAUGUGUAAAGUAUGCCUGGAGAGCCACAGAAUGGACAGAGUGUCGGGUGGACCCGGUGCUUAGCCAACAGGACAAGAGGAGGGGGAACCAGACAGCCCUGUGCGGGGGAGGGAUCCAGACCCGAGAGAUCUACUGCGUACAAGCCGAUGAAAACCUCCUUUCAUACCUCAACACAGUGAAGGACAAAGAAGCAUCAAAACCAGUGGACGCCAAGCUUUGUACAGACCCUUCUUUGAGUACCAGCCAGCUCUGCCAUGUCCCAUGUCCUAUAGAGUGCGAGGUGUCGGCAUGGUCAGCGUGGGGUCCAUGUACGUUCGAAAGCUGUGAUGACCAGCAGAGCAAGAAAGGCUUCAAGCUCAGGAAGCGUUACGUCACGAAUGAGCCCACGGGUGGCAUGGGAAGCUGCCCCCACCUAGUAGAGGCCAUUCCUUGUGAAGAGCCAUCCUGCUAUGACUGGAGGCUCGAUAAGCUGGAAGAAUGUAUCCCUGACAAUGGAAAUAACUGCGCAUCCGGGACACAAGUGCCAGUUGUCACCUGUAUCAACAGCGAUGGAGAGGAGGUUGACAGACAAAUGUGCCGAGAUGCCAUCUACCCGAUCCCCAUCGCCUGUGACGUCCCGUGUCCCAGAGACUGCGUCCUCAGCUCAUGGUCUGAAUGGUCGUCCUGUUCACACACCUGCUCCGGAAAGACCACCGAAGGAAGACAGACGAGAAACCGCGCUAUUCUUGCCUAUCCUGGUGACGGAGGCACUCCCUGCCCUGAGAGUAACGCGCUGCAGGAGAUCCGGAGCUGCAAUGAACACCCUUGUACCGUAUACCACUGGCAGACGGGCCCCUGGGGACAGUGCACGGAGGAUGUCACAGUGUCUAUUUUCAACACUUCCAGCUGGAAUGGAGAAGCGGCCUGCGCCGUCGGGAUGCAGACAAGAAAAGUGAUCUGUGUUCGUGUCAACGUUGGACAAGUUGGACCUAAAAAAUGCCCCGAGAGCCUUCGCCCAGAGACCAUGAGACAGUGUCUGCUGCCGUGCCGCAAAGACUGCAUCGUGACCCCUUAUAGUGAUUGGACACCAUGCCCCACUUCCUGCCAAGAAGAGAAAGGCGCUGUCGCCGUCAAGAAGCAGACGCGGCACCGGGUCAUUAUCCAGUUCCCUCUGAAUUUGGCCGUCUACGACUUGUCUUGCCAUAGGUGGAAGACUCAUAAGUGGCGGAGGUGCCAUCUGGUGCCCUGGUAUGUCAGACAAGACAGCCCCGGAGCGUACGAAACCUGCGGACCCGGACUACAGGCGAGAGCUAUAACGUGCCGCCGACAAGAUGGUGCACAGCCUGAAAUCACGGAGUGCCUCAAGCAUGUUGGUCCUCUCCCGGUCCUAACUCAGCCUUGCCAGAUACCGUGCCAGGAUGACUGCCAAUUUACUAGCUGGUCCAAGUUCUCAUCAUGUAAUGGAGAUUGUGGUGCCGUUAGGACCAGGAAACGCGCACUUCUAGGAAAGAGUAAGAAGAAAGACAAGUGUAAGAACCCCCAGCUGUAUCCGCUGAUGGAGACCCAAUUCUGCCCCUGUGAUAAGUACAAUUCUCAGCCGGUGGGGAAUUGGUCGGACUGCAUUCUACCAGAGGGAAAAGUGGAGGUUCUUCUGGGAAUGAAAGUGCAAGGAGACAUAAAGGAAUGCGGACAAGGCUAUCGCUACCAAGCAAUGGCCUGCUACGAUCAGAACAACAGACUGGUGGAGACUUCCCGGUGUAACAGCCAUGGUUACAUAGAAGAAGCGUGCAUUAUACCGUGUCCCUCCGACUGUAAACUCAGCGAAUGGUCCAACUGGUCCAGAUGCAGCAAGUCCUGUGGAAGCGGGGUCAAAGUCCGGUCCAAGUGGCUUCGGGAGAAGCCUUACAAUGGGGGAAGGCCGUGCCCAAAGCUCGACCAUACCAAUCAGGCUCAGGUGUAUGAAGUGGUGCCAUGUCACAGUGACUGCAACCAAUACGUGUGGAUCGCUGAACCCUGGAGUAUAUGCAAAGUCACCAAUGUUGACCUAAAACAGAAUUGUGGAGAAGGUGUACAGACGAAAAAAGUCAGAUGCAUGCAGAACACGGUGGAUGGCCCAGCUGAUGUGGUGGAAGACUACCUGUGUGAGCCAGAGGAGAUGCCGCUUGGAGCCAGAAACUGCAAGCUGCCUUGUCCCGAGGAUUGCGUCAUGUCAGAGUGGAGUCAGUGGAGCAAAUGUCGUCUGCCUUGUGAUGGUACUGGCAUUCGUGAGCGGUCAGCGUUCCCCAUCAGACAGGCGGAGGAAGGCAAGGCUUGUCACAUUGCCGCUGAGACUGAGCCGUGCAUGCUGAACAAGAACUGCUUCCAUUACGAGUACAAUGUGACAGAUUGGAGCACGUGUCAGCUCAGCGAAAAGGCUGUUUGUGGGAACGGCUUCAAAACACGAAUGUUGGACUGCGUGCGGAGCGACGGCAAAUCCGUGGAUCUGAAGUUCUGUGAGGAGCUGGGGCUGGAGAAGACAUGGCAGAUGAACAUCUCCUGUGUGGUCGAAUGUCCUGUAAAUUGUCAGCUCUCUGAUUGGUCACCUUGGUCGGCGUGUUCUCAAGGCUGUGGAUUGUCAGGGAAGAUGACCAGGAAGAGAUCCGUGAUCCAACCUUCUCAGGGCGAUGGGCGCCCUUGUCCUCCUCAGAUGGAGCAGUCCAAGCCUUGUCCGGUGAAGCCGUGUUACCGAUGGCAGUAUGGACGCUGGUCCCAGUGUGCUGUAGAGGAUGCCCAGUGCGGCGAAGGCACCCGAUUCAGGAACAUGUCCUGUGUGGUUUAUAAUGGCACUCCAGAAGAUUCGGGGAAAAUGGUGGAUGAGGAGUUUUGUGGAGACAUUGAGCUUUUGGUCAACGGUGAUAAGAACAUUGUACUAGAAGAGUCCUGCAUUGUACCGUGUCCAGGAGACUGCUAUCUGCAUGACUGGUCGGAGUGGAGUUUGUGCCAGCUGACCUGUGUCAAUGGUCAGAAUCUUGGAUUUGGAGGUGUUAAGGUGCGCUCAAGAGCAGUAAUUAUUCAAGAACUGGAAAACCAACAUCUCUGCCCAGAACAAAUGUUGGAGUCCAAACCAUGCCACGACGGACAAUGCUUUGAAUACAAAUGGUUAUCGGGUCCAUGGAAAUCAUCUUCCCGGACAGUUUGGUGUCAGAGAUCAGACGGGCUUAAUGUGACAGGAGGCUGUUUUGAAGUCCUCAAACCAGAAAGUGAAAGGAUAUGUAAUCCGCAGUGCACGCAGCAACACUCCUACUGCACAGAGACGAGAUCCUGUGGCUGCGAAGACGGUUACACGGAAGUGAUGUCCUCAGAUGGGACCCUCGAUCAGUGCACCCUCAUCCCUGUAGUGAUUAUACCCACUUCUGAUGACAAGAAGGGGGAUGUAAAAACAAGUCGCGCCAUCAACCCUACCCAGCCAUCGAGCAGUCAGUCGGGCUAUGGUGGGAGGACGUGGUUUCUGCAACCUUUUGGUUCAGAUGGAAAGCUGAAGACCUGGGUCUACGGGGUGGCGGCAGGUGCCUUUGUCUUGCUCCUAUUUGUGGUUUCAAUGAUCUAUCUGGCCUGCAAAAAGCCAAAGAAACCACCAAGAAGGCAAAACAAUCGCCUGAAACCCCUAACCUUGGCUUACGACGGUGACGCGGACAUGUAAA